AUGGCUCCCAUUCGUGUUGGCCUGAUUGGUCUUUCUUCCAGCCACACCAGUGGACAAGGAGUCGGCGUCUGGGCAAGCGUUGCGCAUCUUCCUCAUUUACUGUCUUCACCAAUAUACGAGAUUGUCGCCCUUUCAAACUCAUCUGUGGAGGCUGCCCAGAAAGCCAUACUUCAUUACAAAUUGCCUGCCGAAACCAAAGCAUACGGCAGUCCUGAAGAUUUGGCCAACGACCCCGAUGUGGAUCUCGUUGUAGUCUGCGUUGUUGUCAUGAAGCAUUUCGAGCUCCUUAAACCAGCUCUAUUAGCUAAAAAGGAUGUUUUUGUUGAAUGGCCCCUGGGGUCAAGCUUGGCUCAGGCAGAGGAGCUGACAUCACUUGCGAGAAAGAAUGGCGUGAAAACAAUCGUCGGCUUGCAAUCCCGAGCAGAUUCACUUGUUAACAAAGUGAAAGAAGUCAUAAGUCAAGGGAAAAUCGGAAAAGUCGUCAGUUCUUAUGCCAUUGGUUCUACAAGCGCCGUUCCAAGCGACUUUUGGUUUGAGGGCGGCGAAUAUUAUCUGGACUUUAAGUCUGGAGGAAAUUUGUUCACGAUUCAUUUCGGACAUUUUCUUGAUUCUUUUACCGACGUCCUGGGUGAAUUUGCAGAUGUACAGUCUAUCCUCAAAAACACAAUCCCAACACUUCCGAUCCUGGGUGCAGAUGGCCAAGUCAAAGAUCCCAAGUACCCAAAGACUGCCCCAGACCAUAUAGUUAUCCAAGGAACCCUCAAAAGCGGUGCCAUAGCUUCGCUGAGUUAUCGAACAGUGAAGUCAACCGCUGAUGGUAUUGGCAUUAACUGGAUUAUAUCUGGUACUAAAGGAGAGAUUCAGAUCACCACGCCAGAGUCAAACUGGCAGAUGUCAGAUCCAAAACGAAAACUGCGACUCAGGGUCGGAAACGAAGGGCCAGUUGAAAUUGAUUUCUUACGGAGGGAAGAGAAAGACUCUAUCCUGACCGACCGCAGGUCUAUCAAUGUUGCUGCCAUGUAUGAGGCAUUUGCUAUAGACGACGAAGCACACUAUGCAACAUUUGACUCAGCUUUGAGAACACACAUACUUUUGGAAGAGAUU